CCGAGCAGGGCAGUUCUGUCUGGCGCGUGCAUCGCAGCGGCUCGAUCAAGUGAAACACUAUUGCACGCUGGUGGUACCACCACGAGCAUACACAAACCACGGCCGGCUAGCACCGGUUGAUUAGCGCUUCGGGAAAUCCCUCGCCGACAGAAACCUGUUCGCGGUGGAGCAUCGUCAUCGAGUGUGACAAAGCGGUAGAGCAACUGGUGGGUAUACACAGCCCGCUGGAAAGGUCAACAAAAAAAAAACCCAGUGCUCGUGCUACCGUUCGAUACGGCGAUCGAGUUGAUUUUACCUGCUGUGUUGAUGUGCUUUGGAGGUUUUCAUCGUAUAUUGACCAUCGUUCCGUGAGCAUCACGGAUUUUCAUAUGGCGUCGGGCAAUCGUAAUCGGUGGACCAGUGGUUUAUUGUACGCUACCACCGUAUGUGUACUACUGCAUACUGGAAAUUGUAACCCACAGCAGCAAGGGAUCCGUUUCCUUAACGGUGAUGAAUUCUUCAACCCCAUAAAUUCCCAAAGUGCAUUCUUCCCAGUGCGAAACAUUUUCCCCAAUGCAGCCUCCGAUGCAUUGAAAUCACGUGUUGGAUUGUCGGAUGAUAUACAAUUCCCGACACAGGUCUCAGGCCAGCCUCAAUAUGGACAAGAAUCGCAAAACCAACAAUUAUCGGGUUCUGCGCAACGGGUACAGCUCCAACCAUUCCGGCAACAAACGGACAGACCGAACGGCGACGGCAGUCCUGGAGCAUUGAAAUUCGCCUGGAGUAUGCUGAAGGCAGUCGUGUUGCCGCAAGGCGGAAACAGCGUUAUUUGUCCAAUCUUACCUCAGACUUUGCUGGCUAGCCUUAGUGACGUGGCCAGCCCGCAAGCUAGAAGCGAGCUGCAGUCUACGCUUUUCGCCUCACCGGAUGAACUGAGACCACUGAUUCAAACGCAGUUAAAAGCAGUUAACCGUUCCUCGGAGAAUCUGUUGGACUACGCCAUGACCUACAUCAUGGGCAAAGACUUGACUAUUAACAGAGAGUUACGCGAGAAAGCCAUGCAAGAUGGAGUGGAAUUCCAGAACGUGGACUUCCGUAAUCCGCAGGCUGCUGCCGCUACUGCCAAUCAGUGGGUGUCGACCAAAACCCGUGGAAUCAUUCGGGAAAUUUUCUCUCCUCUAUCGGUGGACAGUUCCACUCGUCUUGUGAUGGCCAGCGUUAUCUACUUCAAGGGCAAGUGGAAGUAUCAGUUUACACAGACCAAAAAGGAACCAUUCUAUGCACGUCCUGGCCAGUCUCCCGUGCAGGUGCCAAUGAUGUAUCAGUUUAACAAAUUCCGAACCAACGAGAUCGCUUUGCCGGGCGGUGGCGGUAUACGGUGGCUGGAGCUUCCUUACGAGGGUACUAAUGGACUGUCGAUGAUUGUGCUGCUUCCUCAAACACCGCACCAGCUGGAACAAUCCAUUAACCAGAUGGGAGAAGCAAACCUGAACGCACUCAUGGACGACAUUAACGUACCACGUGCAGUCACCAAGGUUCAUUUGCGAUUGCCCCGUUUUGAGGUGUACAGUAGCGUUUCCUUGGUUCCUACUCUCAAGAACCAGGGCCUUAGAGAGAUCUUCCAGAGUAACCAGGCCUUACGAGCGCUAUCCAAUGAGCCGCUGGUAGUGGAUGAUGUGACACAACGUACGUACAUUUCGGUUGACGAAGUAGGUACCACCGCGACAUCAGCUGCCGCGCUGUCCUUUGUCGCUCUCAGCGCAGCGCCACCGCCAGUGAUAAUCAACUUCACCGUCGACCAACCAUUCGUCGCGAUGAUUGUCGAUAAGAUCAACAGGUAUCCUAUGUUUGUGGCCAAGGUUGAAUCACCGGCCUAAUGCACAGGAAACCGGUACGGUCUGAGUCUAAUUUUAUGAUGUACAAUGUCCGUAUAACGCGAAGGCGUAUAAAACCUCUGUAAGCGAUACUAAAAAUCUAAAGUGACAUAUUUUACGCUGAAUUGAUCCGCCUUUGCGAAACACAAAGUUAAAAGAUCGAAUGACUCUUACAAAUAAACAGUGACAAAAUGA